AGAACUACAUUUCCCGUGAGGCUGGGCAGCUGUGCUCGCGAUAUUUAGCUUAAACUGAAGGCGGGAGGGCGGAUGCCGCGGUCCCCGGCGGGGCUCGAAGAGCGUCUGCGUUGUUCCCCGUCUGGCUCCGUGGGGUCCCCGACGUUGCCCCUUCCCCGGGCUCCCUCCUCACCGGCCCCGGCCCACCCGGGGUUCCUUGCCAACGACUUUGCCCAUGCCUGUAUCCCACCCAGAAGAUACCCCAGCCCACGGAAUCUCCCACCCAGGUGAUUUCAUCCCAGUGAACAACAUGGAGUUUCUCUCUGAGAAUGAAGGGAGCACUAAGACUUUGCUUCAUCAUGUGCUGGAGAUGCAGCCUUUAAGCUCCCCUGUCUCAUCUAACACCAGGCUAAGCAAGCGAAGUCUUUCCUUAUCCACAAACCAUCCAUGCCGUAACCCACGUGCUUCUCUGCCUAACUCACUUCCGAGUAAGCAAACAAAGCCAGCACCUGCUCAGCAAAAGGACAUUGGAGCUAAUGCUCAGUUCUUUGACUUCUUGGAAGAAGGCACACCCAGGAAUCUUCUGAAGAAAAUCCUGCAGACUGCUUCAGAAACCUCUGUCCUGGUACCUGCCUUGGUGAAUUCACAAGAGCCAGAACCUGUUGAGUUACAAGAGGAAAGCAAGUCUUUCAGCCUGGAGUUACAGCUUCCCGAGUCUGAGUCCUCUGUGACUGUAGCUCCAGAGUUUCUGGUUCAGAGCAGAAAGAAGCGCUGCCUUAGUGUCUAUGAGUUUGAACAGGGAGUGGACCAAGGACUUGCUGUUGCUUCAGAAGAUCUCACUGGAGAGCAGCCAGCUUUAACCAACAAGUCCCCUGUGACCAGAUCCUUCAACCUCACCUUGGCCACAGUUCUGCCCCCUGAGUCUGUAGAGAGGCCUGGCUUGUCCCGAAGGCCUCCGACCCGUAAGCCAGUUGACAUCAAAGCAUUUGAACAAAGAUUAAAGGCUGUCCCACUGACUCAUCUCCUAGAGCGUCACACUUAUCACAGUGCCGUGUCUGUUGAUAGUGAUGGGUCCUUCCAGGCGAGUUGUGACUCCAUAGGCUUCCGGAGAAACUUGGCAAAAGGUCCAGAUCUGAGAGCUGUGACCCAGCAGGCUGAUCAAGGAAUGGAGAAGGGUGUUAGGAGACAAACCAAGUCUUACACCAAAAGUCCAAGUCAAAACACCCCCAUCUCUGCCAGUCCCAUGUCUACUGGAACACGAACCAGAUCUUGGGUGAGAACCCCAAGUCAAAAGAGCCGCCUCUCUGCUCGCUCUGCCCCUGCUAGAAGUAGCAUCUCCAGAAGCGCCAGAGUCAAGUCAGGAGAAGAGGAAGGAGCGAGAUUGAUGGAGGAAGAGACGGCCAAAGAAUCUGGAGAGGACACAGAAGUCCCUGAAAGGACUGAGGAUUCAGAAAUUAGCAUGAGGACUCCAGAAUUUCUCCGGGCCAAGCGACAGCAUUUCCUUUCACAACCUCCUAAUCCUGUCCUCAGUAUUACCCCAGCACCUCCUAAUACUAAUACUCCCCCGUUGCCCUCCAAGUUUCCCCCGGCCAGACGUGCUCCUAAGCGCCGUGCCCCAGGCCCUAGGCAACCCCGUGAUCCGGACAAAACUGGCCUGAACAAUUACUGCAAAGUCUUCAGUUACUAUGCCAAACUUCCUAUGGAGAAGCCAGCCUCUCAGACCUUGGUGAAGUGCCUGGACCAGUAUUUCAGGACACUUUGUGAUGACCUGGAGACCUUUGCUCACCAUGCAGGCCGAAAAACCGUACUGUUGGCUGACUUGGAGCUGUUGAUGAGGCGGCAGGGCCUAGUGACUGAUGAUGUUUCCCUCUAUGUGCUUGUGGAGAGAUAUCUGCCCUUGGAGUAUCGGAGGCUGCUCAUUCCUUGUGCAGCCAGUGGCAAUUCUGUCUUCCCUGCUGGGUAGGAAUGCUGUCCUCUCAGACACACAGACCACACCAGUAAAGAGGCAAGCAGGAGCCUCGGGCUGAGGCUCUUUGGAGGUCUCCAAGUAAGGAGGCCUUUCCAAGAGUGGACUCUUCAUAUACUAUUCUUGGUAUCAAUAAAAUGUGAUAAAGCCACUUAAAA